AUGGCAACCAGAAUAUCAAGCACCUGUUCCAACAGAUUUAUAGCAUGCAACUGUGAAAUACGUAAUUUACAGACGGAGACGGUCACAGAUAUAGCGGCUAUUAGGAUGGGAAAGCUGACAACCAUACCUGGAGGCCUGAUAUGUGCAUCUAUAACUGUGCAUGCAGCUAAAGAAGAAUACAAAAAGCAGCUAGUAAAACCAGAGCAGCUCCCCAUAUAUACUGCACCACCUCUGCAGUCUAAAUAUGUUGAGGAACAGCCUGGUCAUUUACAAAUGGGCUUUGCACCCAUCCGCACUACAACUGGUCAUUAUAUUGGCUGGUGCAAGAGUGUUUAUGUGUUUGUGAAAAAUGGAAUAAUGGAUACGGUACAAUUUGGAAAAGAUGCGUAUAUCUAUCUGAAGAAUCCACCUCGAGAUUUUCUUCCAAAACUUGGAGUGAUUACAGUUUCAGGAUUGGCAGGCUUGGUUUCAGCAAGAAAAGGUUCCAGGUUUAAGAAAAUUGCUUAUCCACUGGGACUGGCCACUUUAGGAGCAACUGUUUGCUACCCAGUUCCCAUAAUUGCAAAGGCAACUCGGAAAAAGGCAUAUACUACAAGCCAGCAAAUUUAUGAAGCAGUUAAAUCAUUGUGGACAAAAAAUAACAAAAAAGAGUCAUUUCCUAAACCUAAAGAAAAAUCUAAGCUAGGAAAUUCUGCUGAAAUAGAAAUACCUGCAAAAACAACUGACAGCCUGAAAUACUCAGUGCCCUUGACAGCAGAACUCAGCUCUGAAACAAAGACAAAAUCAGAAUCCACCUCAGGUGCUACACAGUUUAUGCUUGACCCCAAGCUCAUGGAUCACGGGCAGUCCCAUCCAGAAGAUGUGGAUAUGUACAGCACUGGAAGCUGA